GUUACAGCUUCUAUCCUUUACGCACGUGUAAAGCGUAGCAGCGUGUAUCCAGCUAGUUUUGAGCAAAUAACAGUUAUCACAUCUUCAAAAUGGCUAAGAGUCUCCGAAGCAAAUGGAAGCGAAAAAUGAAAGCGGAGAAGAGGAAGAAAAAUGCUCCAAAGGAACUGGCUCGACUCAAACAAGUUCUGAGUCUCGACAAGAAAGGAGAAGAUGAAAUGGCUGACUUGCAGGACAUCGCCACGGUCGUGCCUGCUGAAAAGAUAAAGAAGCAGACAGAUGUUGUCAUGGCAGAGGAAGAGGGGGACGAUGGGAAGAUGGACAUGGAUAACAAGCGAAACCCUAAAACACUUUUGGAUAAAAAUGGACAGUAUCCUGUAUGGAUGAAUCCGCGGCAGGCCAGGAAACUGAAAGCCAAACGGAUGGCAAAGAAGGGCAAGGGCAAGAUGAAGAAGAAGAAGGGUAUCGCCUGGUAAUACGGAGGAAACCAAAACAUCAAAGACAGAACUAAAUCUGCCAACUUUCUGCCAUUACUUCAAUAAGACUGGGACAUUCAUGGUUGCACAACAAAGCCUGAAAUGAUGAAA